CUGCACCCUCUUUUGAAUGGAGCCAUUUCGUAUCAACUCGCUUAUCUUUCUGCAUCUACUACUUCUCUCAUUUUUUUUUAAUGCUUUUUUUAUUAACUGUAAUGCUCUUGGUCAAUGUAUCCACACAGAGAGCUCAGCGCUUCUCCAGCUGAAGCGUGGCUUUACUUCUGCUUACCUCAAUACAUGGCAGCCAAGCACGAAUUGUUGCAUAUGGGAGGGUGUGACAUGUGAUGAAUCCUCGGGAAGGAUCAUAGGCCUUGAUUUAAGUAUUCGGUUCAUGUCGGGUAUGAUUGAUCCUAGCCUUUUCAAUCUCACAUCUUUACGCACUCUCAAUUUUGCCGACAACCAGUUUCGUGGAAUAUCCAUUCCAAGUGACGGGUGGGACCGUCUUGCAAAUCUUUCAAGCCUCGAUCUUUCUAAUGCUGGAUUUGCUGGGAAGAUUCCCAUUGGUAUCUUUCGCUUGACGAAGUUGACUUUCCUUGACCUCUCCUCCUUUGAUAAUGGAUUUGGGGGGCUUUCGCUCACUAGUAAACAAAUAUUUUUGCGAAACAUGAGCAGCUUGAGGGACCUUCAUCUUGACCUUGUAGAUCUCUCGCCAUACCAUAAUGAAUUGUUUGGUGCUCUAGCCAACUUCACCUCUGCACUUGAGGUGCUAAGCAUGAGAUUUUGUUCCCUCUUCGGUGCUAGUUGUUGCUCCUCUUUGUCCAUGCUCCCUCAAUUAAAUAGUCUUGACCUUACAGGCAAUAAUUUGGACUAUAACAUUCUUUAUUCAUUUGUCAAUUUUACUUCUCUAGCUUCAUUAGAAGUUUCAGGAAACCAAUUCAAAGGUGUUUUUCCCAAGCAAAUAUUUAUACUAAAAAAAUUACAGUAUCUUGAUAUCUCGUACAAUCCAAUGCUUUCUGGUUCUCUUCCAAAAUUUUCAGAGGACAGUAAGUUAAUAGCUUUAUAUCUUGAAGAUACUAAUUUUUUUGGGAAUUUACCUGAUACAAUAGGCAACCUCAAGUUUUUAAAAUAUUUUAAAAUCUCUGGUUGUCAAUUUUCUGGGAGAAUACCACCUUCAAUAGGGAAUCUAUCACAGCUAGAGCUUUUAGAUUUAUCAAAUAAUAAUCUACAAGGGCAUCUUCCAAAAUCGUUAUUUCAAAUAUCAGGACUUAGUGAGCUUGAACUUGGUUUAAAUAAUUUUAGUGGAGACUUAGAGUUUGAGUUUAUCAAGGAUCUCAAGAAUCUCAAAUUUUUGGACCUCUCAAAUAGCGGACUUUCGCUGAAUUCAUGGGAUGUGUAUAAUGGAUCUUUCUUAUCUUCCUUUCCUAUAAUAUCAUAUUUGGCAGUAGCUAGUUGCAAUCUAACUAAGAUCCCUACAAUCAUAAAUUACUCACAUGUGAUGGAUACCUUGGACCUCUCAAAUAAUAGAAUUCAUGGGGAAAUACCAAGCUGGUUUUGGAGAACUUAUUCAGUAUUGAACUUAUCUUUCAAUAUGUUCACGCAUGUUGCAGAGCCUCCCCUUAAUCUUACUACGUAUAAUAUUGAUUUUACACUUAUUGAUCUCAAUUCCAACAUGCUUGAAGGUCCAAUUCCUCUUUUCCUAUUAACUGAAGUUAUAUUGUUAGAUUUCUCAAACAAUCAUUUCACAUCUUUUAUCUCUUUCAAUAUCACCUCACACCAAAAUUCAUUAAAGUAUCUUUUUCUUGCAAAUAAUAGCUUGACUGGAGAAAUCCCACCAUUCAUAUGCAAUAUGACCAACUUAUUAGUACUUGAUUUAUCGAAUAAUAGGUUAAUAGGUUCUAUUCCAUCAUGCUUAUUGAAAGGAGUUGAUCUACAAGUGCUAAAAAUAAGAGGAAAUCAGCUUAUUGGAGCCAUCCCCGAUGAAAUUAGUCCAAAAUGUGAAUUACAAAUUAUAGAUCUCAGAGACAACCAAUUAGAUGGGCUGAUUCCUAGGUCUCUAUCUAAUUGUCAAUCACUUGAGAUUCUGGACCUAGGGAAUAAUAACAUAAAUGACACAUUUCCUUAUUGGUUGGGAAAUUUGUCAUUUCUAAGGGUUCUUGUUUUAAGUUCUAAUAAAUUGCAUGGGAAAGUUGGGCCUUUUGAUGGAAAUCUUGAAAUAGAUUAUACUUUUUCUAUGUUGCACGUCUUGGACAUCUCAUUCAAUAACUUUAGUGGCAAAUUAUGUGCAGAGUGCUUCUAUAAUUUCAAGUCAAUGACGAUAGGUAAAAUAGACAUAUCAUAUGACGUUACACUUGAAUUUCUAAGCCAAUACUAUUAUUUGGGUAUGCUCACCAUCAUGAACAAGGCACAACAAAUGACAAUACAAAAGUUUUGGAUGAUCUUCAAGUCAAUAGAUUUUUCCAACAAUUUGUUUGAAGGAGAGAUUCCCAUAACCAUUGGCCAACUUAGCUCCCUUCAAGUGCUCAACAUGUCACAUAACCAUUUAAGAGGUAAAAUUAUUCCACAACUUGGGAAUUUAUCACAGCUCGAGUCAUUGGACCUCUCAAUGAAUAGCCUUUCAGGUAUGAUCCCAAAAGAGUUGGCUUCUUUAGAUUUCUUGGAAUAUUUAAACCUCUCCUACAAUAAGUUGGUAGGAAACAUUCCAGCUGGAGGUCAAUUCUCCACUUUCCCGAACACUUCAUUUGAGGGAAAUAACGGAUUAUGCUUGCUUCCAUGCAAUACAUCAGUUCCAAGAGUGAACAGUACUAUGACUUCAUCAGAUUUAGGAAACCGAGCUCCAAAGAAUAGAAGAUAUAUGAUUAUACUGGGAAUAUUAUUUGGUGUCGGAUUUGGAGGUUCAAUGGCAAUAGUUGUUGUGCUUGAUGUCAUGUGCUGUGAUAGAAGAAGGAGAGGCAGGAGACCUAUUGAUGGAUAAUUUGCAUGAAAAACUCUUUAUAAAAGCAUUGUACUAAUUAGACAUGUUGGCAUUCAUCUCAAUUACAUCAAUAUUGGGAUGUACAUCAAUUUGAAGACCUUUGUAUUCAUCUACGACAAUGACGACAAUAAUGUAUUGUAUAUUUUACAUCGUCUCAAUUACAUUCAAUGGCAAUAGUGGUUGUGCAUUCAUCUCAA